CCUUUGUUUGGAGCUGAUUUGCGCUUCACUCCCGUGUCCAGAGCGCACAGGACGGAGACACCGAGAGAGCAGAGAGGAGGAGUUGAUGUUCAUCCGAGGACACUUUCCUUCGUUAGAACAUUGUCGGAUUUUAUUCACGCAUGGUCGAGUCCACCGGCGGGUCCCGCUGAUCCACAGUGACAGCAGCGCGGAUGUGAGCGGAGGUUCUGGUUGGGACGGACGCGCGUGGAUGUGGAUUUAAACUCGCAGCCAUCACCGAGCAGAGAGAUCAAUGUCAGCCGAGAGCCGCGACACCGAGUCCGGAUGGAGAGGAGCGAGCCGGGACCUGUGAGCGCUGCCGGGACCCGAACUCCGAGCUAACACCGACCCGGACCGGAGCCACGUGCACGCGGAGAGAGACAGAGACAGAGAGGGGCUAUGAGUGUCUGUAAACACAUAUGAUCGGACAUGGAGGCCGUCAGCGCAGUCAACGCCACGCAGGACGAGUUCCAGCUCCUGCCUCUGCCCGACGAUGACCCCGGCAACCGUGGUUACCCUGACUACGACCCAAAUGUUGGCGCUAACGCCCCGGCGUCGCCCACAUUGAUGUUUGAGGGGGUGUUUCCAGAGGACCCCAUCAAACAGCUGAGCGUACAGGUGGUGUUGAUCUUGGCCUACAGCACCAUCAUCGUGCUGGGGGUUCUGGGUAAUUCUCUGGUGAUCUACGUCAUCUAUCGUUUCAAGACUCUCCGCACCGUCACCAACUUCUUCAUCGCCAAUCUGGCUGUCGCCGACCUGCUGGUCAACACGCUGUGCCUCCCCUUCACCCUCGUCUACACCCUGCAGGGAGAGUGGAAGAUUGGCAGCACCCUCUGCUUCCUGCUGCCCUUUGCCCAGGGGCUCGCCGUGCAUGUCUCCACGGUGACGCUCAACGUCAUCGCCCUGGACCGCCACAGGUGCAUUGUGUACCACCUGGAGACCAGGAUGCGUAAGGACGUGUGUUUUGGGGUGAUAGCGUUGACGUGGGUGCUGAGCGCCGUGCUCGCCAGCCCUCUGGCCAUUUUCAGAGAGUACGGCUCCUUCACUCUGGGGCCUGGACACACUAUACAGGUGUGUACAGAGAAGUGGCCUGGUAAAAGCACAGAUGGCACCAUCUACAGCAUCUCCAUGUUGAUCCUGCAGUACUUCCUGCCGCUCUCCAUCAUUUCCUUCGCCUACGCCCGCAUCUGGUCCAAACUGCGUGGCCACGUCAGCCCUGCAGAAAACGUCGGCAGUAGCAGCGCUGGCUCCGAGCGUCACCGCCGGCGCCGCAAAACCACCAAGAUGCUUGUGACCAUGGUGGUGGUGUUUGCUGUCAGCUGGCUGCCUUUCCACGCCUUCCAGCUGGCAACGGACAUCGACAACACGGUGCUGGACAUGCGCGACUACCGCCUGCUAUACACCGUAUUCCACGUUAUUGCCAUGUGCUCCACCUUUGCCAACCCGCUGUUGUAUGGCUGGAUGAACCGCAACUACCGCGCCGCCUUCCUCGCCGUCUUUAAGUGUCGUAGGGGAGGUGAGAGGGGAAGGAGCGGCCGGCUGGACAGCAUUCACCCCGUCGGAGGUGGAGCAGGUGGCAGAGGAAGGGCAAAGAAGAUAGUGCUUGAAACCCAAGACGUGGUGUCCACCCACUUGAAUGCCACUGACGUGUGAGGCCCUGAGGGAGGUGGCGAAGAAGAAGAAGAAGAAGAGGGUAAUGGAGGAGAAGAUGGGGAGAGAUGACAAGAAAAUAAUAAAGCAGGAAUUUAAAGAACCAUUGUCAGGAAAUCUUUUGUUCCCAGAAGACAAUCGCAAAGAAAACGAGAUUCCGCACAGAGUCAGAAACGAAGGGAAAAUAAAGACGUGAGAGAAAAUAGAAAUGAUGGAGAGAGGGAGGCGAUGGGGGGAUUAAAGUGUUUUUGGAAGCCCAAAAUAGAGGUGGAGGCGUAGACGAGUGGGGAUUAUAAUAAGAAGAAUGACGAGACAGCAGAGGAGAAGAGGAGCCACUGAAUGACUCAAGGUCUCCUCGAGGUCCACCAAUCGAGGCGCCUGUCGCUUUGGGGACAUGACCUCAUCAUGACGGAGGACGCAGCCACUUUUUGUUUUUUUUUGUGUGAAGGACGCUGACAAAGUGAAAAGAAGUUUCACAAAGGGAUCAAGAGAAGCUUUGGAAAGAUUCAAAACAAUUCUAUAACAACUUUUGACAACUCUUGUCAGAACAGGGCUUUACUCCAUCUUCAUUCCACAUGUGAAGCAUCUUGCUCGUACAUACGGUAUAAUCCAGUGUGGCUUACAAAGGCAUUACGGAAGCAGCUUUGGUUACUGUGAGGAAAAUGAAUGGAGUGCCCGUACUUUUCUGAAAUCAGAAGCCAUUAGUGAUUGAGCAAAAACUUUUUGUCAGGUGAAAGCAAAAAACAUAAAUAAAUAAAUAUUUAUUCCCUUAUUCUUGAGUUCAGACGGAGCUGAGGAGGACGAAGAUGCAUGAUGCAAGCUUUGUGAAAUCUCAGACAUUGUUACGUAAUGAAAUUGUGUGUUUUAAUAAUCAUCCUACAAAGAAAGCCUGACGCAGGAGUGCAAAAAGAAAGACGUAGGUGGACAAAUUUAUGUGAGACUAAAAAAUACAAAUGAUUUAGAUUAAAAUGUUUGUUUGUUUGUUUGUUUUUUAAAGGAGAUGAAGGACAAAGAAUCGGAGACUGAAGCAGACGAGGUGGAGGGAGAAUGAAGUGAGGGCUAAUGAGGCAAAAGAAAAAAGCGAGAGCUUUCAAACGAACAUGCACCAACAGAGAAAACAUCUUUGUAACAAGCGGACAGAUGAAUGUUUGCACAAAAAAAAAAAAGCUCAUGUUUUUAACAGAUAUUUUAUGUUAUGAUCAACUGUGGUACACGCUUCACACCUUUCCAAACGUCUCGAGAGGACUGAGCCGUGAUAUUGAUCUCUCUUAUUAAAUUCGGGUGCCUCCGCAGUCGGCUGACUGUAAACACAUUUGCAGUUACGCUUCAUGACUGACGUUAAUCUGCAGCAGAUAAUAAAACAUGAAAAGAUUGUUCACGUUUGAAAUGAGGCUCAUUUCGGGAAGACGUCAUUGUUAUGGUUUUUUAAUGUCAAGACAUUCAUUUCAAAUCACUACCAAUAGUUAAUAUUUAUUUGGGAGUGUUUGUGUUUUCUAUUCACGCAGUGGUUCACAUUCGCGUCUCGUGAUCAAAAGGCCUCUUCGACCUUGAACUGAGCCUCUCGGGCAACUCUUACAAACUCAAAGGCUUGCAAAUAGAAAAAAAAAGAUUCAUUUAUUGAUCAUAACCAGCUUUUCAGGAGACUUAAAAGAACUGAUAACAUAGUCUGAUGUGAAACCCAGUCAAAACCAGAGCCAGAGAUCGUCUCUUUCUCUUCGCUUACACCCGAUCUAUGGCUUAACCCUCUGUUAGAGAGAGAUGAGGAUCAGCUUCAGAGGUCUGCUCAGCUUCCUGACUCCACACCCCCACAUUUCAUUUACUGCAUACAGAUCCCUCCGGAGACACUUUGUUUCACACAAGCAAUAGCACUAAAUCUGAAUUCAAGGGUGCUGAAUUUUUCACUACCUGGCUUUGUAGAACAGCAAACAAGCCAAUCACAAGGUUACAUUUAGGUAGAGGUGUCCAGGUUAACCCCUUUUUAUCCAAAGCACAUCUAUCUAUCUAGCUGCCAAUCAAAAUGCAGUUUACUAAAGCCAGUAUGUUUUUAUCAACCAUUAAUCAAGCCCUUUGAAACGGUGCCUUAUCGGCCUUUUCCACUAUGGGAACUAACGUAAUGUGGCAACAAGUCCAUGAAUAUGAAUUUAAAUCAGUGCUGAGGUCGUUCUAAAUCCACGUUCAAUGCACAGAUCGUUUGCAACUUGGAAAACAAAGCAAUUAAUGCUACAAGUUUAUUUAAAUUUCCCAUUUGUGUAACAUUGGAAGUAACGUUAUUAGCAGAGCAAUAAUGCUACAUCGCUGUUUUAUUUUCUCGUGAAGAAACAUUCGCGUUGCUUCCUUCUGCGAUGUUGCUGAGUUGAUUGGUCACAUUAAAAGAGCGCCAUGGGAAUUUCUUGAGUUCUGUUUCCAUGAAAUGAUUCGAAAUGCCUCAAAACGUGUUGAUGGAGGAGCUCGUAAUGAAUAACUGAAAUAUCCUGUUUUCUGCAGCACAGUGGAAAAAUCUGUCAGAACCUAACACAAAGAAAGAAAGCUCCUCAGAGUUCAGGCCGUGGGUUUGUUAAUGCCCCGUAGUGGAAAAGAGCCAAUAUUAGACAUUUAGAUGCUGAAUGUCAGGUGUCACUGACAACCCUCCAUACUGCCUGCUGCUAUCCCAUCAUGCUCCAGUGUAGACUGAACUCUUUAGCUCUUUACAAUGACAUUUUGACAUGACAGCUCUCUAUUUGUUGCUGUCAGAUUUCAGUUUUUACACAUGAGAUUGCGCACGUAGGUCUUAAUUUCCACGUUUCCAAAUUAAAUGCAUCACUCAAAACGUUAUUACCAAAGCUCGUUGAAACUUUAAUUGCCUAAUUGUAAUUACAACCCUCAGUCUCCCUCUGGCAGGAGCUGUAUGAACAUCUUAAUUUAGUGUAAACACAGCAGACUGAAUAAUGACCUGCAAACAUUUGCACAAUGUGAAUGAGCAUUACAGCAGCAUUAGUUUGAAACUGUUACAUAAGCUGAAGAGGUAAAAUCCUUGAUGUUUUUUGGAUUUAUCCUCCGUGUCCCUCUCUUGUCUUUUCCUCUUUAAAUCCCUCGAUUCUCACUCUCUCUCCCGCUGAGUCGUGUCACUGCCUCGCUUGACCCGCAAUCCCACAAUCCCUCUGUUCCCUCCCACCAGCGUACCAGCUGUUUAUCUCGGUCCUCGUUUCAUCUCCUCGUCAGUCUCCUCUGCACUCUUUUCGCAUGCCUCAAAAAGCUCGAAACGGCGUCUUCAUCUAAAGGAUGAACAGAAGGUAAUUAAUAUAAAUGUUUGUUUUACUUUGGUAUGAUGAAAAACUGCAGCUUUACAAACAGCUGAAAUGUUGUCAGCAGUUCAUAUUUUACUCACACGACCGACUAUCAUCGGUUUUAGAGGCAAAUGACUCAGAGUUGAAGAAUAGGUUCAACCAUAAUGUGCUUUAGUUUCAAAUGGCAUCCUGAGUUAUAAUCCCCAGAUUUGAAUUUGGAUGUUUUGACCGUUUUGAACGAUGUUGUACUUUAGGUGGAAGCAGGUCAAACGGAGGUUUCAGAAAGGCAGUUUGACGUCAUCUGGUUUAUCCCCAAAGCUAUCCCACAAUGCAGUGCAUGGAUUUGUCGUCAUCAUCUACUCGUCAAUAGACAUGGGGCUUCGGACGAGUUGUUUUGGAUGUUUGAUGUUCUGAAUGUAAAAGUCACAUUUAUUGGACCACUUAAACGCUCGGAUGGGCAUGAGACUCUCGGUUGAGUUGUCAGUACAAACAUGUUGGAAAAUAUCCCUGAUCAUAAAAGUCAAAUAACUGAGCCUGUGAAGGGAAAGUGGGGCGGUUUAAUCUUUAAUUUCAAUGACUUUGAAUUGCCUAAAUGCUGUGAUAUAUUCAAUUUGGUGCUUGGCAAUACAGUGCCUAAAAAGUCCAUCUGUCCAUCAUUCAAGAAACUGACUAGAAUCAAUGAACUCAAGUUUUUUAGGUGUUGUGAAUGCUCACAUCACUUCCGGCAGAAAACCUCCCGUUAUUCCAACUACGUUUUUAAUGAAAGAAUCAUAUUCUCUAGUUUUUGUUGUUGUUGUUGUUAAUCUUGACUCGAGCCAGAGAGUUUCAUAUCUAUCGAAACUGUACAAGUUUGACUCUUGUAACAUUGUCUACUGGGAAAAAUACACUUUUGCUUCCAGAUCCAGGGCACGCACACGAGCAAGCUAGAUUACUCGUUAACUCCAUAACCUGCUAGUUAGGUCUCUAGAGGGUACUAGAACAUCGUCUCCAUAGUGCUGUGUCAGCACUGGAAAGGGUCUUGCUACAUCCCUUGUUAUUCUGCUGUCUUUAAACCAAUUACAAUCGCCUUGGGCAACACUAAGCCCAGAAUUCAGCUAGCCUUGGGGAACUUGUUUUAGUGGAACAUUCGAAUGUGCGGAAGCAAGUUCUGGCAUUACCAUGGCUAAAUCUCCGUAAAAGAAAACAGUUGGUAACUUAUUUAUGUUUGUACAUUUAAUGAACCUCGUUGUAAAUCCAACAUGAAUCAAGUUUAGUCAGCAACAUGUGACUUUUCGUGACGUUUCGCAAACUCUGCCUUCAUUCUGGGACAAGCUUUGGAGGACUGAAAGUAAACGAGAUGGUGUCAAACUGCGUUCAUGGAUCUCAAAUAUAAAUGUUCUUUGUGUGCUUGUCUUUUAUCAUUUGCAGAAAAGAAGUGAACAGUUAUUUAGUUUGUCACUGAUAAUGUUCCGAUGUAUUCUGACGAGGUUUGUGUUGGGAGGACACAGAUGCUGCUCGACCUUUUAUCAAACAUGAAUGUAAACUCAUUUGUAACAUGGCUUUAAUGUUGUAUAUUGUGUAAUUCUGUGUAAAUAUUGACUGUGUGAAAGACUGUAACCGAGCACAAACUGUUGGUCUUUACAACAGAUGUACUAUUCUCAAGCACAAA